GUGUUCUUUGAUGUGAAGAUUGGAGACAAAGAUGUUGGCAGAAUUGUAAUUGGAUUGUUUGGAAAAGUUGUCCCAAAGACUGUGGAGAACUUCAUUGUGCUGGCAACUGGAGAAAGAGGAUAUGGAUACAAAGGAAGUAAAUUUCAUCGUGUGAUCAAAGACUUCAUGAUUCAAGGAGGAGACUUUACAGCUGGAGAUGGAUCAGGAGGAAGAAGCAUCUAUGGAGAAAGGUUUCCAGAUGAGAACUUCAAGCUCAAACACUAUGGAAUUGGAUGGGUUAGCAUGGCAAAUUCUGGCCCAGACACCAACGGAUCCCAGUUCUUCAUCAGUGUGACAAAGCCUUCCUGGUUAGAUGGAAAACAUGUAGUAUUUGGCAAAGUCCUUGAUGGAAUGUCUGUGGUGCACUUGAUAGAACUCCAGCAGACAGAUGAACAUGACCGGCCCCUUCAAGACUGUGUGAUUGUGAACAGUGGUAAAAUAGCUGUAAAAGAACCAUUUGUAGUUGAAGUAGGUGACUGGUGAGACCAACAGUUCGAAUGGAAAGUAAAAUUUAAUCAAUUUUCUUUAAGGCCUGUUUUUGACUGAUCUUAACUAUCCAUUGAAUUUUCUCCUCAACAUAUAUGAGGCUGUAUUUAGACGAGACUUAUCAUUUGCCAAAUACAUAAAAGAUAUGACCAUUUCUACAACAACUUGAUGGACCUUGACAUAUCCCACUAAAUCCUAGAUCUUGCAGAAA